AUGGAAACACUUGAUGUAUAUUACUCAUUAGUUACAAUUGAUCCACCUAGAAAAUGGAAAUUAGAAGAGAGGGACCUCUUUCUUUGCGGCUCUAGUGUCUUAUUUUGCAAGGCGGUGGAAGAGGCCUCCCCGUUCUCUUCACUGGAGCACGCAACAUCAUUCGCAAGAGACCUGUGGUUCAACACAUUACCAGUUCAGUCAUGGCUGGAUGCAUUCUCAGCACACAUGGACAUAGGUGAUGCUAUUACUAUAGCGCAUAGAGAAAUUAGGACAGUACGAUGUCUUAUGUCUGCUCGCAAAAGGGGAUUGCUUCAAUUCGGAACAAAGUACCGCAAGAAAUUCGGAUUCGGGUUCGUAACUAGCACGAACCUAUUUCUUUUGCAACAAAUACAGGAGGAGGUGAAGUAUCUAGUUGCUGACAGCCGGUUAGCUGAUCUUGGAAUAAGAUCUUUCCAAAGGUAUGAUUUGACAAGGCUAUCAUAUUAUUUGCUUCUUUUUAUUGCAUACUGUUGA